AAAUAAACACAAACUCGAGAGGGGUGGGUUUGUUUCUUCUUCCAAAUCAAGAAUUCAGAAUCUGAGACUCCAUAAGUCUCCCUCUUAAAAACCUAAAAAACUCCACUCUCUCCUUUCUCCUCCUUUCCUUAGUUUAUGUUCAACUUUCAUACCUAUGGCUUCCGAUACUGCUUCCAGGCCCACUUCAGCUGCCGAUUCGUACAUUGGAAGCUUGAUUAGUUUAACUUCCAAGAGUGAAAUUAGAUAUGAAGGCGUACUCUACAACAUCAACACCGAAGAGUCUAGUAUUGGACUAAGAAACGUGAGAUCGUUUGGAACAGAAGGAAGAAAGAAGGAUGGCCCCCACGUUCCUCCAAGUGAUAAAGUUUUUGAGUACAUCUUAUUCCGUGGAAGUGAUAUCAAGGAUUUGCAGGUUAAAUCAUCUCCACCUGUUCAGCCGGCAGCACCUAUAAACAAUGAUCCAGCAAUUAUUCAAUCUCACUAUCCCCCAUCAGUUUCCACAUCUACCAACAUGCAUUCUGCUAUCAGUGGGUCAUUACCUGAUCAUACUUCCAACACAGCAUUUGGAUUCCCUCAGUCCAAUUUUCAAGGUGGUUUGCCUCCAUAUCAGCCUGGGGCCAACUUGGGGACGUGGGGAGCUUCUCCUCCACCUCCUCCAAGUGCAAAUGGCAGUGGACUUGCGAUGCCCAUGUAUUGGCAAGGGUAUUAUGGCCCACCAAAUGGGCUUCCUCAGUUACACCAGCAGUCGGUUGUACGACCUCCUCCUGGUCUGUCGAUGCCUCCAUCUCUUCAACAGUCAAUGCAGUAUCCUAACAUUAAUGUGUCUUUACCCACUGGAGCUUCAAAACAACCUGAAGUUCCAUCUCCCUUGCUCUCUGGUAGUAGUAGUAGUUCUCCUAACUUGACCUCUGCUGUUGUCCCCCCUCCAACUUUUUCAACAGCUUUGCCUAUGUUCCCUUUUACGUCUAUUUCUGAAACAUUACCAAGUUCAGUUGGUAAUAAGACAGCUGUUCAUACCCUCUCUGGAGCCCCAGUUAGUGUUAGUUUGCCAGGAGGUCCAAUACUGUCUUCAUUUUCUGGUGCAGAUGUUAGUACUGCCAUACCACCAAUCUCUAAUGAACCUAAUGCAGUUUCUGGUUCCUCAUUACUGUAUCAAACUGUGUCCCAGUCAACUUCAUCUGUAGUUGGAAUAUCCAACUCUCGUGCUGAAUCUUCUGUACCUUCUCUAGUUACUCCUGGGCAGCUGUUGCAGUCUGGGCCUGUUGCUGUGGUUUCAUCUCAACCCUUACAUGCAGUGCAUAAGGAUGUGGAAGUAGUCCAAUCAUCAUCUUUAGAACCUUCUAAGCCAGUGACAACAGAGGCCCAGCCACCGAUACUACCACUACCUGUGCUGUCAAGGCCUAUCCAGAAGCCCAAUGGUUCUCAUUUCCAGGCUCGCAAUUAUUACAGAGGACGAGGAAGAGGAUCUGGGAGUUCCCGUCCAGUGACAAAAUUUACGGAAGAUUUUGAUUUCACAGCUAUGAACGAGAAAUUCAACAAGGAUGAGGUAUGGGGAAAUCUUGGUAAAGGUAAUAAAUCACAUCUCAAGGAUAAGGACGUGGAUGGAAAGGUCAGUGAUGAGGAUGACCUUCAAGAAGAAGAUGAAGGCGAACUCUCACAGUCUGGGAAUAAGCAGUUGUAUAACAAGGAUGAUUUCUUUGAUUCACUCUCUUACAAUGCUAUUGAUAAUGAUCCUCAAAAUGGGCGGACUAGAUAUUCAGAGCAAGUAAAGAUAGACACCGAGACUUUUGGCGAUUUUCCGAGGUAUCGAGGAGGCCGAGGUGGUCGAGGUCCUGGACGUGGAGGGUAUUUCCGUGGAGGAUACCAUGGAAGAGGAUAUGGCUAUAAUGGGAGAGGUCGAGGGCGGGGUCAAGGACAAGGACAAGGACAAGGACGAUCAUCAUAUUAUCGUUCAUAAUCCAACAAGUAUGUAUCUGUUGUUGGGGUUAUAUGGGUUUUAAUUGCCCCCAUUUCGUUUGAGUUGAUAAAGGGUUGUGAGUCUUUUAUAGAGUGCACAUUUCUCCCUGCUUGUCCCGAAAUAAUUGGACUGUUCUUUUCUUUAUUUUUAUUUUCUUUUUUCAUUGUUUACAUCCGGUUGCCUUUUUCAUCCGUUGGUCUAACAAAGAAUUUGAUUUCUAGUGGAAGCUUUAUUUGUAACCAAGUUCGAUGAAGUUCUUUAAUGCAAUUUCCUUUUAAAGAA